AUGUUGAGGGUGUCGUUUUUUCACCUCACCCUCACUCCCCCUGCGUCUCUGCUUCUACAGAAGCAGAGCGAGGAGGAGGUGGGGUGGAACCACGCGGCGGCGUUCCCCAUCGCGGCUGUCACCGUGGAACUGUGGCACCGGCACCCAGCCAUCGGGGAGCUCCUGUUCGCUGACCUGCUGAGCAAGUGCCCCUACUUGGCCCCUUUCUUCCCUCGUCCCACGCCUGGGCAGAGCCAGGAGGACGCUUUCAGGAUCCUCGGUUACCGCUUCGAGGAUGGGACACUAGAGGACGAAGACUUGUUCCUCCAGAGAAUGUCGGGCAUGGCGCGCCUGUACGCGGCCAUCGUCUCUGCACCCGUGUCUCCCUCCAGUGGCGACAAGAGCCACCCCCACGGCGUGAGUCACGGCUGGUCCUGGCUCACGCGGGUCCUGGAUAUGGAGCCCAUGGCCAAUGUCACCCCCACCGUGCUCUUCGGCUUUCUGGAGGUGGCAGGCAGUGCCAUGGAGGUUGCAUACGGCGAUCAGCUCUGGGAGCUGCUCGAUGUGUUAAGGAAAGAAUACAUCCCAAGAAUCGAGAAGGUGUCCACCCCGCAGCAGAUGGGAGCUGUGGUCAGACUGAGGCUGUUCCUCGAGGACUGUUUUGUUAAUCGGGAGAUUCCUUUGCCAAGCGGGCAUCUCUCAGAAGAAUUUCGGAAGGCUUAACAAGAUCACCUUCACACCUGUACAUUAUGUAAAUAUAUAUUUUU